UCUACUUCCGGUCGACUUUCUACGUCAUUUUCAAAACACUAGAUUGUCAUAUGAUGAACUAACUUCAAUGAGAACUGCAGAACUUCCGUGUAAAGGUAGGUACCAUAUAAACACCAGAUGAGUUUCGUUCAUGGCAGAAAGAAAAUAUUCAAGGUCCAGAGAAAAUGAGAAAAAUCACACCGUUUUUACACCAUGUAGUCCAGGCCUGUUUUCACCAAUGAAUAUCAUGUGUUGACGGUCAGAACAGUGUUGGAAGGUAAUGAACCAUUGGUAGUUUAUCAUCAUUUGAGACCUUAAGGGCAGUUUACCCUUAAUGUAGAUCUUAAAGAAGAGAGGUCAAGUGUCAUGGCUUGUUCAAAACAGUCUGCGAAAGAUUAUAUCGCCAAUGCCAGAGUUUACCUGGUUGGAGAACUGAGGAAUCUGUCAGUGAUUCUUGAGAACUUGUAUCAGCAAAAAGUUCUCACUGAUGAAGAGGUCAGCAAGAUAAAGGCAGAGAAAGAUGACUAUGAUAGAACCAGAGCAAUACUGGACUCAGUCACUAGAAAAGGUGAAGCAGCCUGCUACAGGUUUCUAAGGAUUAUUGACCAGACGAGGAGGAGAACCUUAGAGAGACCAACUCCUAUUUUUAAGAUCAGUCAUGAAGCUUCAACUGAGGCUACAAAGUUUGACCUGCACCACUGGAUCAGCUGCUUUUCCUUCACAGAAGAUCCAGAAACGGAUCAAAACUACAUACAGGAAUCAAGGCCAUGCUACAGAUAUCAAGCAAAGUUGAAAUCAAAAGCAGAAAAAGUAUCAAAGGACUUUUGGAAAAGAAGUGAAAAUCUUUUUGCAGAAAAAAAGAAACCUGAACUGUUGUACACGUCACUUAUAUUAGAUAUUCAAGGGAAGAAUUUUCCAACAAGAAUAAAUAGAUUUAAAAGAGAUAUGUGCCGUCCUAAAAAGUUAAGAACAGAAAUCUCCCCCAGUGACCUGCUGAAAACAGAUAAAAACAUCCUCCUGGUUGGAAAACCUGGAAUUGGAAAGACGGCUCUGAGUCAUGAAAUAUUGAGACUGUGGUCAGAAAGAGACAGUAAGGAGCUGGAUUACAUGUUUUACUUUGAUAUGAGGGAAUUAACCAACAUCCCACCAAUCACGAGUUUGGAGGAUCUUCUUUUCACUGCAUGCAGUGAACCAGAUGAGGGCAAAGAUGAAGUCUUACAUGACAUAAAGAGCAACUCUGAUAAUGUUACAGUCAUUUUGGAUGGAGUCACUGAUUUAUCUUCAUCAAUUGUGAAGAAUCUUGUAGACAAAGAUUUCUUACCUGAUGCUAAAAUCAUCAUUACCUGCAGACCAGAAGAUGAGGAAUACCUCUGUCCUGAAGACUGGCUCAGAGUGGAGGUGAAAGGCUUCAGUGAGGAAACAAUAAAGACAUAUUUGUCUUCAACUCUGGGUGAAGCUCACAGGAAGGUCCUGAGUAACGUGGAGCUGUUGACUCUUUGUCAUGUUCCAAUGUAUGCGCUGAUGGUGGCUGCCAGCUUUUCAUCUAAAGACUCUCUGCAGCCCAGAACUGUGACUGAAAUAUACAUCAAUAUUGUUCGAUUUGGUCUUCAGAUGAACAGCAACAAAACCAGGAUCAGGAACCUCAAUCAGUUCAUCAAAACCAAGAGAAACGGAAUCCUGUCUCUGGCCGAAGCUGCUUUUAAUGCAACCGAAAGAAAAACUGUGAACCUGGGAGAACUUUCCUGUGAAGACAGCUGCGUCCUUUCCUUCCUGAAAACACUUGAUGUAAAAGUUCCUCCUACUGAAACCAAAACUCUCUAUGCUUUCCUCCAUUACACCAUGCAAGACUUUUUUGCAGCUCUGUGGCUUUUGGAGAAUCCUGAUAAGAUCAGGGAUGUUUUCCAGCAGUGCCUCACUGAGGAAAAUAAACACAUGAAGCAUCUGAUCCCGUUCAUGUGCCGUUUGUUGAAUGACAAGAGUCCACGUUUGAUGAGCUGUUUGAUUCCAGCUGAGGAGAUCAAGGAAACAUCUGGAUGGUUCUUCACAGAGAUAAUUGACACAUUUUUCCAUCAGGCUGUCGCUAAUAUCAGUGAGCUUCAUGUAGACACAUUGUUUGUAUACCAGUGUUUGUUUGAGUCACAGAGCUCCAAAGUCUGCAUUUCCUUUCUGGACAAACUGGACUUCCAUCUUGACCUCAGUGGAGAGAAUCUGGACCCUUAUUCCUGCUGUGCUGUGGCCUAUGUGGUCACUCAGUCAAAGGAAAGGAAAAUAAGUCUGAACCUUCAGGAUGUGACGAUCACAGCACAAGGAAUGAGACAUCUGUUUGGAUGUCUUCAAAAUGUUGAAUGGUACGAUACUCUCAAACAGCAGCUGUGGAAAAUCUUUCUUCUCAGUGAAGAACAGAUGGAUUACCAAACCUUACUGGGUCUCAGUGGGAACCUGCUACACCUCCCAGUUGUGGGUAAAAAAAAGCUGUUUGACAGAGCUGUGAAAGUUUUGCAGACGAUUGCAACAAAGGUGAAUGUUUGCCUCUACGGGGACAGAAAAGAUCCUCUGUGCCCGAUUUUGCGUAACUCUCUUUUAGAGACUUUGCCAUGCAUCAACUCUCUCAGGAUGACCUACAGAUCUGCAGGUUCAAUGAACCAGGAAGAAUUCAACAACACAAUGGAAAAGGAUCAGAAGAACAUGUUCCUGGAUUUAUGCUUCACAACAGCACUGUACAGCAAACAAAAGUUUUAUACUGCAAUGCCUGAGCUCGUGAGAGUUUGUCAGGUUAAAACUGACUUGGUGAAUACUCUUGUUGAUUUACAUCAACAUGCAAUUAGCAGAGGGCUUUCCACUGACUUUCCAACCCUGCGACCAGUUUUCCAAUCAACCCCUGCAGACUGGCUCAUAGACCUCUCAGAGAGAAAGGCCUCCACCCUCCUGGAAAUGCUCAAACUCCAAUCAGAGAAAAAGAAAGUGGAGCUGACUGGAUGCUCACAUGACAAGAGUGAAAUGAGAAACUUGCUUCAGUGUCUGCCUUAUCUCUCAAAGCUCAGUUUUGUGACUGAACCGACUGAGUCAUCAGAGAGCAUCUGGUUCUUGGAAAAGUUGAUCUGCGCUGCGGCAGAAAUGAAAGAGCAGAACGGAGUAAAUAUGCUGGAGCUGCUAUCAGUUUGCACAUAUAGAGGAACCCCACUCCAGUGGAAAUGGUGUGACUUCCUGCUGGACCUGUACUCUUCUAAAACUGAAACAGGCCCGACGUUUUCAUCAUUCACAUCAGUCCUCCAGUCAGCAGAUCCUGCAAUAUGGUUCGUUAAGCUCUCAAAGACGAAGGCCUCCAUGCUACUGGAUGUUUUAAAACUUCAGUCAGGGAAGAAACAAGUUAAUCUGACUGGCUGCUCACAUGAAGAGGCUGAAGUAAGGAGUUUCCUACAUUGUCUGCCUUAUAUCUCACGACUCAGUGUGGUUCCUCUUUGGUCAAGCUCUGUUGAACAAACCCGAUUCUUAACCAGGCUGUUCUGUGCUGCAGCAGAGAAAGAAAAGCAGACAGGAGAGAAGAUGCUGGAGAUGUUAGCAUCAGUCUGCAGAUACGAGCAUUUUCCAUUCAAUAACAGAUCCAUCGACGAAACAUAUAGGCGUAACUUCCUGCUGGAUCUGUACUCCCAGAUGAAUGACUGUGAGACUGAAACAGGUCUGAGUCUCCUUCCAUCAAUACAGUCAGUUUUCCAGUCAGCUCCUGAAAUCUGGACUUUAGAUCUCUCAAAGAUAAAGACCUCCAUCCUCCUGGAAGUGAUGAAACUCCAACCAGAGAAGAAACAAGUGAAAGUGACAAACUGGUCAUAUGAAGAACGUGAAGUGAGGAACCUCAUAAAGUGUUUGCCUUAUAUAUCCAAGUUCAGAUUUGUUCCUGAGAGCUCGAAGCUUCAUGAGCAAACGAGCUUCUUGGUGACUCUGUACUGUGCAGCAGCUGAGAGAGAACAGCAGACAGGAGAGAAGAUGCUGGACCGGUUGGCAUCAGUCUGCACGUUUAAAAUAAUACCUGUGAGCGAUACGGAUAUGAACGAGCAAGCACAGAAGUCUUUCCUGUUGAGUUUGUACGGUCAGGUGACGGACUGUGAGUCGAAAACAGGCCUGAGUUUGUUUCCUUUGUUAAAGUCAGUUUUCCAGUCUGUUGCUAAUGUCUGGAUAACUGACCUCUCAGAGAGAAAUACUUUAAUGCUGAGAGAACUAUUAAUCCAGUCAGAGAAGAAACAAGUGGUUUUGAAAGGCUGCUCACACGAAGAGAAUGAAGUGAAGAGUUUCCUAGAGUGUCUGCCUUUUUUCUCACAACUCAGCUUUGAGCCUUGGGUAUCGGAGGCUUCUGAAGAAAUCCAGUUUCUCCGGAGUUUGUUCUGCGCAGCAGAGAAAGACGAGCAAAAGGAAAUGAAGACUCUGGAUAUGUUGGCAUCAGUAUACAUUUAUAGAGAAGCACCUCUUAAACAGAAAUGGUCUGAAUUCCUGCUGGAGUUGUUCUCUUAUGAGCUUAAAACAGGCUUGAGUGUCCUGCCAUUACAGAGAGCCAACGUCAUUCUCUUCAAAGUGCUGAAGCUGAAGUCAAGCCGGACACACGGACCCAGGAUUGCGCCUGGCAGCUCAGAUCUUCAAGAACAAAGGAGGUUCUUAGUGAAUCUGUUCUGUGCAGCAGCAGAGAGAGAACAGCAGACAGGAGAGAAGAUGCUGGAGAUGUUGGCACCACUCUGCAGAUAUAAAACAUUCCCUUUUAAAGCUGGUGAUAAAUAUCGGGUUGACUUCCUGCUGGAUCUGUACUCCCAGAUGAAGGACAGAGAGACUAAAUCAGGUCUGAGUCUCCUUCCAUCAUUACAGUCAGUUUUCCAGUCAGCUCCUAAACUCUGGACCAUAAAGUUCUCAAAAAGAAAGACCUCAGACUUUAUGGAAGUGAUGAAACUCCAAGCAGAGAAGAAACGCGUGGAGCUGACAGACUGCUCAUAUGAAGAGAGUGAAGUGAGGAGUUUCCUGCAGUGUCUGCCUUUUAUCUCACAGCUCAGCUUCAAUUUGGAUGACUGGGAUGAUUCCAGUUUUGAUCCUGAUAAACAGUCCAGGUUCUUAGUGAAUCUGUUCUGUGCAGCAGCAGAGAGAGAACAGCAGACAGGAGAGACGAUGCUGGAACGUUUUGCAUCAGUCUGCAGAUAUAAAACAUUCCCUUUUCAUGACAUUCAUGCUGAUGAUGAAGAUAGAAGUGACUUCCUGCUGGAUCUGUACUCCCAGAUGAAGGACAGAGAGACUAAAUCAGGUCUGAGUCUCCUUCCAUCAUUACAGUCAGUUUUCCAGUCAGCUCCCAAAGUCUGGUUUAUAAACCUCUCAGAGAGAAAGACCUCCAUCCUCCUGGAAGUGAUGAAACUCCAAGCAGAGAAGAAACCAGUGAUGCUGACAGACUGCUCACAUGGAGAGAGUGAAGUGAGGAGUUUCCUGCAGUGUCUGCCUUUUAUCUCACAGCUCAGUUUGGAUAAUGGUGAGGGUCACAGCUGGGAUCCUGAUGAACAAACCAGGUUGUUAGUGAAUCUGUUCUGUGCAGCAGCAGAGAGAGAACAGCAGACAGGAGAGAAAAUAUUGGACAUGUUGGCAUCUGUCUGCAAAUUCGAAACAUUUAGUUUUCAAAAUGAAAAAACGAAUAAUGAUGGUGAUGCCAUCAAAGAUCGUCUUGACUUUCUGUUGGAUCUCUAUUCCUAUAUGAAGGACUGUGAGACUAAAUCAGGUCUGAGUCUCCUUCCAUCAUUACAGUCAGUUUUCCAUUCAGCUCCUUCAUUCUGGACCAUAAAGCUGUCAGAGAGAAAGACCUCCAUCCUCCUGGAAGUGAUGAAACUCCAAGCAGAGAAGAAACGAGUGAAUCUGACAGACUGCUCACAUGGAGAGAGUGAAGUGAGGAGUUUCCUGCAGUGUCUGCCUUUUAUCUCACAGCUCAGCUUUGAUCCUCAGAGCUCAGAUCCUGAUGAACAAACCAGGUUGUUAGUGAAUCUGUUCUGUGCAGCAGCAGAGAGAGAACAGCAGACAGGAGAGAAGAUGCUGGACAUGUUGGCAUCAGUCUGCAGAUAUAAAACAUUCCCUUUAUAUUAUAAUAAUAAAUCUCAGAGUGACUUCCUGCUGGAUCUGUACUCCCAGAUGAAGGACAGAGAGAUUAAAUCAGGUCUGAGUCUCCUUCCAUCAUUACAGUCAGUUUUCCAGUCAGCUCCUGAAGUCUGGACCAUCAAGCUGUCAAAGAGAAAGACCUCCAUCCUCCUGGAAGUGAUGAAACUCCAACCACAGAAGAAACCAGUGAUGCUGACAGACUGCUCAUAUGAAGAGAGUGAAGUGAGGAGUUUCCUGGAGUGUCUGCCUUUUAUCUCACAGCUCAGGUUUGAUCCUCGAAGCUCAGAUCUUCAUGAACAAACCAGGUUGUUAGUGAAUCUGUUCUGUGCAGCAGCAGAGAGAAAACAGCAGACAGGAGAGAAGAUGCUGGAGAUGUUAGCAUCAGUCUGCAGAUAUAAAACAUUCCCUUUAGAUGACAGAUGCAUGGCUAAUUUUGAAUAUGGAUACAGAAAAUAUCAGAGUGACUUCCUGCUGGAUCUGUACUCCCAGAUGAAGGACAGAGAGACAAAAUCAGGUCUGAGUCUCCUUCCAUCAUUACAGUCAGUUUUCCAGUCAUUUCCUUUUUUCUGGACCAUAAAACUCUCAGAGAGAAAGACCUCCAUCCUCCUGGAAAUGAUGAAACUCCAACCAGAGAAGAAACCAGUGAUGCUGACAGACUGCUCACAUGAACAGGGUGAAGUGAGGAGUUUCCUGCAGUGUCUGCCUUUUAUCUCACAGCUCAGGUGUAUGCCAAGGUUUUUCCAGAGUGUUUGUUCAUCUCUAUCAGUGAGAUCCAGAGAGGAGAUCCAGCAGCUGGUUUCUCUCCUGCAGCUUCUGAACUUCAACCUUUUUCUAACAGGAGAGUUGAAUGAUAAAACCUGCAGCUCUGUGGGGAAAGUUCUCCCCUUGGUUGGAUCUAAAGUGGAUCUGAUCCUCACAGAUAGCCGGAUGUCCGUCAGAGGAGCUGCAGUCCUGUUUAGAUCUACAACACAGCUACACAGUCUGAGACUCUCCAGCAGUCUGGUCUUGUUCUUCUCUCAGUGGGUGAGAAGAGGCAGAGUGGCUUUUCCUCUGGUCCUAGAAGAGCUUUCUGUGGUUUCCACCAAAGCUCAGCCACAGAGAGUCUUGCUGAAGGUCGGCAGCAGUUUGGCGUCUCUGCUGAGGUUCUGGACAGUGGGACGGUUGGACCUGACCGAGUCCGGACUCCCUGUUCAGAGUCUCUUCAGUCUGUUGCUUCACGAUGGUCCUCUCACACUCAGACUGAGUGAAGAGAGACUCCAGCAGCUUCUGGUUCUCCUCCACGAGGUUCAGGACCAGGACAGGACAUUGUCCCUCUUGAAUAAGCUCGGUGGAGACCUGAGCUCCUGCCAGUUGAGCUGGGAGCUUCUUCACUUCCUGCUGCAGCAGCCGACAAGUCAGACCAUCACCGUGAACCUGAAGAAGAACCGAUUCUUGGAGGAGAGAGCUGCUGAGCUGCUGCCCUUCCUGCACAGGAUGGUGAUUCAAAGGCUCAGUCCCAGUUUUGUUAGGACUUCCAUCAGGGAGAUCUUCAGGAUUCAUCCCAGUCACAUGAUAUCCUGGUUGCUGAGGUCACUGGAUCUUGUGAUCAACCUGAACUGCACAGAGCUGGACUCAAAGGACUGCGACGCUCUGCUGUUCAUCCUCAGACACAGCGACGGAGUGAAACUGAAGCUGCUGUGGAGCUCCAUCCCAGCAGAGGGAAUCCAGUCCAUCCUCUCUGUGCUGCACAGAGUUUCUGAUCUCAGUGUGGACAGGAAUCUCCUGCUGAGGUUCAUCCACUGCUGCGCCGCCUCCGACAGCCAGCAGGGGGCAGCAUCGGGCCUGCUGAGGACUCUACGGCACAGGUUGGAUCUGUCCUGCUCCUCCUGCGUGGCGCUACCAGAGGAGGAUCAGACGGAGCCUCUGAGGUUGACGGCCGCCGACUGCGGGGCCGUCUCCACCGUCCUGAGACACAGCAGCAGGGACACCCAGCUGGACCUGAGAGACUGCGAGGUGGAGGACAGCGGGCUGGACCUGCUGUUUCCUGUCCUGGACGGAGUCUGUCUCAGAGUCAACAAGACGGUCCCGGUCCAGCUUCUGUCUCUGCUUGCCGCGAACAAUCAGAGGGACACCGUGAGACGAGCAACGUCCCUGUGCAGAGCCCUGGGAGGAGAACUGGACCUGAGUCACAGGCCACUGGAUCAGAGGCUCUGUGGAGCUCUGGCUCUGAUGCUGGACUACUCUGAAGAUCUAACAGAGCUGGACCUCAGCCACUGCCAGCUGACAGACCAGCUGCUGCUCCAACUCAUCACACAUCUGCACAAAGUCCACAACCUGGAUCUGAGUCACAAUCAGAUCACUGAUGCCUCCACUGGCUGGUUACUCCACCUGGUCGCCAUCAACCCUUUCAUUGUUUCUGUGAGUCUUAACAACAACAACAUCAUCAACAAAACUCCUUUUAAGGACAACAGGAAGUUUGAAAUCUCUUGAAGCGGCUGUCAAUCAGCAGGUUAAGUGACCAACAGGAAGUCUGUGUCUCUGGUCCAAUUAAAAACCGUCUCUUCUGGACCAUCAGAUGGACAUAGUGGCUUCUGACACUAAGCCAGUUUGCACAUGGAUGUUGCACCAAAACACUAAUUUAAAUGCAGUUUUAAAAAAUUAUCUUAUCUUAAAUAGUUUUUUUUGACUUUUUUAUCUUAAAAUGUACGUUUUCUGUACACAUAAGGGAGUAUUGUUUACUUUACUUUACAAAUGUAAAAGGUUAAUGAGGUUUUAGAUCAUGUGGUAAUUUAUUUUCAGUUUAUUCUGAUGAUGUGCAAUUUUAUGACAUAUUUACGUGCUAACCUUAGGUCUACACUGAAUCUAGUGAAUUUUGGAGAGAUGCUGCGGUUUUUAAAUCAGGGAAGAUUAUUGCUGGGAUGUUUUAUUUAUUCAGACUCUACAUUCUUUUUUAAACUUUUGAAUAAUUAUAUUGUGCAAUUUGCUUUUUCCACAAGAUACAAACCAGACCUCAGAUAAAUAUUCAGAUAGAUUUGGUGCAUCUGAUUUAUUUAUCAUGUCGUUAUUUAAUAAUUAUGUUAAAAUGUUGGUUCUUUGCUUUUGGUGAAUCAAUAAAGUUAAUAAU